GACCCGCCUCCGCAUCCCGCCGGACCCGCAAGGGGUCACUUCCCCUCUCCGCGUUUCACUUUCCUGAAGUGUUAGGCGCUGUGGGCCGGGCUGGCUCUAAAAGACCUCGGCUCGGGAUCGCCAGCCCUAGUCCCCGCCCCUACCCCGCCUCCGGGCUGGGCGCCUCCUCCCGCUCGUUCAGUUCUGCCCACCGCCCGGGACAAUCCUCGCCUUGUCUAAGGCCCGGCAUCUCGAGUUUUCUGUAACCUCCGGGUACGCUUUUUUUUCCCCCAGGGCGGAGCCCCAAGCCGGCUCCUCCUAGCUACGGGCCGCACAGCAGCCCCCAUCCUUUUUCCCAGAGCCUCUCUCCGGAGUUCGGGUCCAGGCGCACAGCCAGAGCCCGGUGCGGGCCUGUGUGCCCCUCGGCCAGCUCCCCGUCAUGGCCUCGGGCCCGGGACUCCGGCUCCUGCUGCUACUGCUGCUACUGCUGUCGCCGCCUCCUGAGGCCUCGGCUUCAAAUCGUCCCCGGGGCAGCGACCCUGUCAACCCAGAGAAGCUGCUGGUGAUCACCGUGGCCACAGGCGAGACAGAAGGAUACCGGCGUUUCCUGCGGUCAGCGGAGUUUUUCAACUACACUGUGCGGACCCUGGGCCUGGGACAGGAAUGGCGAGGGGGCGAUGUAGCCCGAACGGUUGGUGGAGGACAGAAGGUCAGGUGGCUGAAGAAGGAAAUGGAGAAAUACGCAGACAGGGGGGAUAUGGUCAUCAUGUUUGUGGACAGCUACGAUGUCAUUCUGGCUGGCAGCCCCUCGGAGCUGCUGAAGAAGUUUGUCCAGAGUGGCAGCCGCCUGCUCUUCUCUGCAGAGGCCUUCUGCUGGCCCGAGUGGGGGCUGGCGGAGCAGUACCCUGAGGUGGGCACGGGGAAGCGCUUCCUCAACUCUGGUGGAUUCAUUGGCUUCGCCCCCGCUAUCCACCAAAUCGUCCGCCAGUGGAAGUACAAAGAUGACGAUGACGAUCAGCUGUUCUACACUCGGCUCUACCUGGACCCAGGACUGAGGGAGAAACUCAGCCUUAAUCUGGAUCAUAAAUCGCAGAUCUUUCAGAACCUCAACGGGGCUUUAGAUGAGGUGGUCUUAAAGUUUGGUCGGAAUCGCGUGCGUAUCCGGAACGUGGCCUAUGACACACUUCCUGUUGUGGUCCACGGGAACGGCCCCACUAAGCUGCAGCUGAAUUACCUGGGAAACUACGUCCCCAAUGGCUGGACUCCUGAGGGAGGCUGUGGGUUCUGUGACCAGGACCGGAGGCCACUCCCGGGGGGGCAGACUCCCCCCCGGGUGCUUCUGGCAGUGUUUGUGGAACAACCUACCCCAUUCCUGCCCCGCUUCCUCCAGCGGCUGCUGCUCCUGGACUAUCCAUCCGACAGGGUCACCCUCUUCCUGCACAACAACGAGGUGUACCACGAGCCCCACAUUGCUGACUCCUGGCCCCAGCUGCAGGACCACUUCUCAGCUGUGAAGCUGGUGGGGCCCGAGGAGGGCCUGACGCCAGGCGAGGCCAGGGACAUGGCCAUGGACAUUUGUCGGCAGGACCCCAAGUGUGAAUUCUACUUCAGCCUGGACGCAGACGCGGUCAUCAGCAACCCGCAGACCCUGCGCAUCCUCAUUGCAGAGAACAGGAAGGUGAUAGCGCCCAUGCUGUCCCGCCACGGGAAGCUGUGGUCCAAUUUCUGGGGAGCCCUGAGCCCCGAUGAGUACUACGCGCGCUCCGAGGAUUACGUAGAGCUGGUGCAGCGGAAGCGAGUGGGCGUGUGGAACGUGCCCUACAUAUCCCAGGCCUAUGUGAUCCGCGGGGAGACCCUGAGGACGGAGCUGCCCCAGAGGGAGGUGUUCUCGGGCAGCGACACGGACCCAGACAUGGCCUUCUGCAAGAGCCUGCGGGAUAAGGGCGUCUUUCUCCACCUCAGCAAUCAGCACGAGUUUGGGCGCCUCCUGGCCACUUCCCGGUAUGACACGGACCACCUGCACCCUGACCUCUGGCAGAUCUUCGACAACCCCCUGGACUGGAAGGAGCAGUACAUUCACGAGAACUACAGCCGGGCCCUGGAAGGGGAGGGACUCGUGGAACAGCCCUGCCCGGACGUGUACUGGUUCCCUCUGCUGUCUGAGCAAAUGUGCGAUGAGCUGGUGGAAGAAACGGAGCAUUACGGCCAGUGGUCAGGAGGCCGGCAUGAGGACUCAAGGCUGGCUGGAGGCUACGAGAACGUGCCCACCGUGGACAUCCACAUGAAGCAGGUGGGCUAUGAGGACCAGUGGCUGCAGCUGCUGAGGACGUACGUGGGGCCCAUGACCGAGAGCCUGUUCCCCGGCUACCACACCAAGACCCGGGCGGUGAUGAACUUUGUGGUCCGCUACCGGCCAGAUGAGCAGCCAUCUCUGCGGCCACAUCACGACUCAUCCACCUUCACCCUCAACGUCGCCCUCAACCACAAGGGCCUGGAUUAUGAGGGAGGUGGCUGCCGCUUCCUGCGCUACGACUGCGUGGUGUCAUCCCCCCGGAAGGGCUGGGGGCUCCUGCACCCUGGCCGCCUCACCCACUACCACGAGGGGCUGCCCACCACUCGGGGCACUCGCUACAUCAUGGUGUCCUUUGUGGACCCCUAACGCUCCACCACUCUGCCCAAGCUUCCCUGCCAUUGUGCCUUCCUGUGCCCCACUCCUCCUCGGAGGGGGUCUGUCCGGCUCCUCGCCUCCUGGGUGUAUGUUCCGUGUACCUGGGACUGAAUGUGUCACCUCGCUCCCCACCACGCGGCCCUCAGGAAGCUCAGGGAGCCCCCUUGCUCCACCCCUCAGCCCCCAAGAGUUCCCAGGGAGAGGGCUUCUGGGUGUUCACCACGUGAUAAAUUAUUGUUUUUCAGUCUUCCUCUCAAUAAAAGAGGAUUUGUAAUUCUUGA